AUGCUUUGUUCAUCGCUCGUUACCGUCGUCGUUGGGCUCUUCGCGCUUCCUCCCGUUCAAGCCCUCCUCGCCGAUGGAUUGACAACCGCCCAAAUCAACGCCGUGCGGCAAUUGAUGAUAGACAGAGCACAUGUCAGUUGGGAAUAUGGCACGGCGACAACUGCCGUCCUCGAACUUGACUACCCAGAUGUCUCUGUCUAUGGUUCUGCUCCCUUCCCGCCCCCACGCAAUCUUCCUCUUUCGUCUUACAUCGUCACCAAUGCCAACAAGCUAAUGGAUCAACGACCUCCCGCUUCUAAAACCAUUAUGGAGGAUGGUGCUGCGGGGGACCCUAUGAGCAACGCCAUUACACUCUUGCUAGCAAACUUUACCAACCCUACUGAUUGGCGCUAUCUGUCAGCAUUCUAUUCGCAGCUUGGUUUCAUUGAAUACGACGUCCCCCGAACCACCGACGGCGCCAUUUCCCAUCGAGUUUCAGAAGUUCAAUUGUGGUCCGAUUCUGCCUUUAUGGUUGCUCCGGUUUUUGCCUAUUGGGGUGCUUUGCAGACCAACCUGGACACGCAACGCAGUUAUCUCCGAAAGGCAUAUGACCAGCUUCGCCUGUACCGCAAUUAUCUCCGAGACCCGGCAACGAACGCGUGGAAGCAUGUCUUGAUGGGCUCUUGGAGCGAUCCAGGUCUCUGGACAACGGGUCAAGGUUGGGCAGCCGCAGGAAUGCUUCGUGUUCAUCAGACAAUUGCAAAAUCUAGUGUUCGCGGUGAAUUUACCCAAGAACUCGCAAAUCUCGUCUCGUGGAUUCAGGAAAUUGUCGCAGCAACAUGGGCUCGCCAACGUGCUGAUGGCUCACUCGGAAACUAUCUCCGCGACGAUUCAUUUACGGAUAUGAGUGGGACUGCCUUUAUGGCCGCUGUUACGUACCGUCUCGCCGUACUCACCGACGCUUCGAGCUACAUCCCCAACGCCGACAAGGCGUUUACGCUUGUCAAGAACCUGAUUGGUGCAGAUGGAAAACUUCCAAACGUCGUCAAUCCAUACGACUUUGCCCUGCAAUCUACCGACGUCAGCCCUGAAGGCCAGGCCUUUGUCUUAAUGUGCCAGGCGGCUUGGCGUGAUUACACUGCAUUCGUUGCUGCUGGUUCCUGUCGAACAUACACGGCUGUCGCGGGUGAUACAUGUGCGAAGAUUGCAACCAUGUUUGGCACGACCGUCGACUCCAUCAAAGAAUCGAAUCCAUCCUGGCUCAAUUGUGAUAAUAUUUGGGCUUGGACUCCGAUCACUGUGUGCUCUACACCUGUUCCAAAACCAACUUCUACUUCCAGCAGCUCGACAUCAACUUCGACUGUGCCCCCAACCUCCACUUCUGUUGUAGGCAGCUCGGCAUCAACCGCCAGUACUUCAACGGCGACCAAUGUCGUCUGUAGCACACACACUGCGAAGAGCGGAGACACGUGCACGAAGAUUGCAGCAAACUAUGGAGUCACGGUCGCUUCAAUUGUAGCAUCUAACCCAUCCUGGCUCAACUGCAACGAUAUUUGGGAGUGGACACCUGUAACUGUCUGUGUUCCAUCUGGGACCACCACGAGCACGUCUACGAGUGUCCAAACUUCUACAUCAACCACCACGAGCACACCAACGAGCGUCCAAACUUCCACAUCGACGAGCACGGGAGGCACCUCGUGCAGUACAUACACCGCAAAGACGGGAGAUACUUGUGCCAAGCUCGCCACCACAUAUGGAAUCACCGUAGACUCGAUCAAAGCCUCAAAUCCCUCGUGGCUCAAUUGCGACGACAUUUGGGAGUGGACACCCGUGAUAAUCUGUGUUUCAUCUGGAACCACAAGCACCUCGACCAGUGCGCAGACAUCGACAACAACCGGCUCGUCGAACGCGGCAGGAGGCGACUGUGUGACCAAGUAUCCGGCAGAAGACAAUGAAACCUGCAUCACCAUCGGCACGAAAUUCGGACUUUCCGCGACGGCAAUUUUCAACGCGAACACCUUCCUUAACUGCAACACGAUUUGGAAGUACACGCCAAUUUGUAUUCCUCCUGGAGGUAAAGGCUGUUCAAACACGAUUAACAGCUGGCCCGGUGCGACUUGCGCUUCCGUCGCGACCGCAUAUGGAACGACAGAGUCCAACAUUCGCUACUGGAAUAACUUUGUCAACUGUGCCUCUAUCUGGAUAAACACGCCUCUUUGCGUCGCCCAUUGA